AUGAUUACCUUGUUAGGUCUUUUGACUGUUGGUAUCAAUAUUAUAACCUUAUUUUAUUAUACCUCUACCCUGGGUGAAUGCCCUAACUGGGUAUAUUCAACAUUUGGUAUUGGAUUGUUCAUUUAUCAAUCUUUGGAUGCUAUUGAUGGAAAACAAGCAAGACGUACACAAACAUCUGGACCAUUGGGUGAAUUAUUUGAUCAUGGUUGUGAUGCUUUAAAUACGACUUUAGGGGCUUUAACUUGGGCAUCUUCUACAUAUCUCGGUCAAAGUUGGUGGACAGUUAUCUCUUGUGCUGCCAGUCUUGGUAACUUUUACUUAUCUACAUGGGAAGAGUAUCACACCGGUAUCUUGUAUUUAGGUCACUUUAGUGGGCCUGUAGAAGGCGUAUUAAUGUUGUGUGGCGUUCACAUGAUCUCUGGUUACUUUGGUCCUGCGGUUUGGAUGAUUCGUGUAAAUGAACUUUUUCCUUCUUCUAUCUUUGAACUCAACGAAGUUACACAACUCAUCGGUUCAUUGCAAUUAAACCAUGUGCUUAUUGUUCUUGGUGGCUCCGUCACUUUCAUUAAUAUCGUCACAGCUUUGUAUAAUGUCAUCCAUGUUAAGCUUCAGCCUACUGAAAUGUCCAAGAAGGAUGGAUCAAUUGUAAAGGCUACACUCGGUCUUGCCCCAUUCAUUAACAUGUGCUUCUGGACUUACAAAUGGAUGCGUAUCUGGCCUGAUAUUGUCACUGAUCAUCUUGCUGUCUUUAUUUUUUUCUUUGGCUUGAUCUUUGGUCAUCAGGUUGGACUUAUGAUUACUGCUCAUGUCUCCAAGUUGAGCUUCCCUUAUAUAAACAUCCCUGUCAAUGCUUUAUUGAUUUCAGGUUAUUUGAUUGCUAAAUCUGAAUCUUUUAUUGAAGAGUAA